UCAGCCAAUCAGAUGUGCCGAUGACGCUCCGACAACAAACAAAAGAUCGAGGCUAGCCGAGCUCGUUAGACUCUGUCGGUCCGUCUAGCCUAACGUCGCGGCUCUCUCUGCUCCACUGCCCGCUCACCUCUCUCCUCUGACCCAGCGCGGCAGAUCAUCUCCUCCCGGUGUCUCUGUUUGUGGCCUCGUAUCGCCUAAUGUCAACCUGAGCCGUUUCAGAGAUCGCCUCGCCUCCGCUGGCCGAGCUAAGCGCGCUAGCCAGGUUAGCUACUCGGCUAACAGCUCUGGCUGCCUCCCUGCGAACAGCGAAGCCAGUUAGCUUAGCCUGCUAGCUAGCUAGCUUUGCUAAACUCCCUUUAAAACUUGACACUGACGGACCCUAGCGGCUCUGGCUUGUUGCUGACAAGCCAUUUUACUAAAACGCGUGUCGUAGCCAUGUCUGGACAGUCGUCGGGCUGCGGGUUUCUGAUGUCGGUUGUCGUCCACGGAGACUCGGCUCUGAACGAGCAGGAAAAGGAGCUGAGCCAGCGGCUCCGACGGCUCUAUCCAGCCGUAAAUGAAAACGAGACUCCGCUGCCUCGCUCCUGGAGCCCGAAGGACAAGUUCAGUUACAUCGGUCUCUCUCAGAACAACCUCCGUGUGCACUAUAAAGGUCAUGGAAAAACCCCCAAAGAUGCAGCGUCUGUCCGGGCCACCCACCCCAUCCCAGCUGCCUGCGGGGUCUACUACUUCGAGGUUAAGAUCAUCAGUAAAGGCCGAGAUGGGUACAUGGGCAUCGGCCUCUCAGCUCAGGGCGUAAACAUGAACAGACUCCCCGGUUGGGACAAGCACUCGUAUGGUUACCACGGAGACGACGGCCACUCCUUCUGCUCGUCCGGCACCGGGCAACCCUACGGACCUACGUUUACAACGGGCGACGUGAUUGGCUGCUGCGUUAACCUCAUCAACAACACCUGCUUCUACACAAAGAACGGCCACAGCCUAGGUAUUGCCUUCACAGACCUUCCACCCAACUUGUACCCGACGGUGGGCCUUCAGACUCCAGGGGAGGUGGUGGACGCAAACUUUGGACAGCACCCGUUUGUCUUUGACAUUGAGGACUACAUGCGAGAAUGGAGGACAAAGAUUCAGGCCCAGAUCGAUCGCUUCCCCAUCGGAGAGCGCGAGGGCGAGUGGCAGUCCAUGAUCCAGAAGAUGGUUGCUUCUUACCUGGUCCACCACAGCUACUGUGCCACAGCCGAAGCCUUCGCCAAAUCCACCGACCAGGCCGUGCACGAGGAGCUGGCCUCCAUCAAAAACCGACAGAAGAUCCAGAAGCUGGUGUUGUCGGGUAGAAUGGGCGAAGCCAUCGAGACCACCCAGCAGCUCUACCCCAACCUGCUGGAGAGGAACCCAGACCUCCUCUUCAUGCUCAAGGUGAGGCAGUUCAUAGAGAUGGUGAACGGGACGGACAGCGAGGUGAGAUGUCUGGGAGGUCGCAGCCCCAAGUCUCAGGACAGUUACCCCGGCUCCCCCCGGCCCUUCAGCAGCCCCAGCCACAAAGCCAGCAGCUCCCAGCCCUACCUCUCAGGGUUCGACAGUAACUGCUGUAAUGGUGUGACGUCUAACAAGAGCCACAGCUCCUCCCCUCACAGUCAUAAGCCCUGCCCCCCAGGCUCUGGCUCCGCCCCCCCACCGACUGAUAUUAGCCUCAACGGGAGUCGCAGCCAACAGCCCAUAACCAGUAACGAUGUGGACAUGGAGGUGGACCACUUCACCAACGGAGUGACAGAAUCGUCCUCCAACGGUUUCCUCAACGGCACCUCCAAACACACUGCCGAGCCCGACGACUGCGACGCCGACAUGGAGGUGGAGUCUGCUCAGUCCAAGAGGCAGCUGUGUGGUGGGAGCCAGGCAGCCAUCGAGAGGAUGAUCCACUUCGGCAGGGAGCUCCAGAGCAUGAGCGAACACCUCCGCCGCGAGUGUGGCAAGAACUCUGCCAACAAGAAGAUGCUCAAGGAUGCUUUCAGCCUGCUGGCCUACUCGGACCCCUGGAACAGCCCGGUGGGCUACCAGCUGGACGCCAUCCAGAGAGAGCCGGUCUGCUCCACGCUCAACAGUGCAAUAUUAGAGACUCACAACCUGCCCAAGCAGCCGCCGCUGGCCCAGGCCGUGGGUCAGGCCGCCCAGUGCCUCGCCAUCAUGGCACGGACCGGCAGCGGCUCCUGCGCCUUCGCCUCCGUGGACGACUACCUGCACUAGCCCCGAGGACACCACCACUCUCUCCGAGGGCCUGUCCAGAAACGCCCCCGCCCAGCUCCUCCAUCAGCGUAGUCCUAUUAGCCGAGGAGCUGCUCCUCCUCUGCACGACGCAGUAGAAAGUCCACCAUCUCACACGCUUCUCAAUCCACGACGCCACCGAGGAUCCGGAGUCGUUUCUGGGCAGAUCUCUGGAGCGCCGACACACCGCAUACAUUUAAACUCAGACGCCACCUCCCUCCCUGUCGUAAAUAUGAAACCACGCCUCCACCACCCUCUCCUCCAGCUGACACCAACGGCGGCCGAGAUCGGUCGACUUGAAAACACUCGGAGAGCCGAACUGGUGCGGACUCGCUACAGAUACCAACCGGGGCGGAUAGACUGGCAAAAAAUACAAUAAAACCCCGGUCAAACAUAAAUGGAAAAAAUACGGAAAUAAACAUCAAAAAAUAAACCGGACCAGUGUCUGACCACCCUUUAACGUGGUCGCUGCAAACCAGGCAAACACGCAUCCAACCAACAUGGAGGCAGACUGGAACCCUCCACAGACUCUACCAGGCUCGUCAUGGACGGCCCACUCCUCUCCACCGCCUCCCUGCUCCACCUCCACUGACGUCAGGAAAUCGGCGGAGACUCGUGCGACGCAUGUGGACUCGGGACUUCGAAGAAGCCGGAGAGAAUCUACCGUCUCGACUCAACGUUCCCUGUUUUUAAUCUUCUGUUUAGUUUUUGUUGUUUCUCGGGCGAUGUGGGGAGGCGAGGUCACCUGGCUCUUGUUUUGUUUUUAGUUUUUCCAGGUUUACGAGGCAUGGUGCAGACGACGAUUAUUAUUAUUAUUAUUAUUCUAAUUAUCAUUCUAUUAAUUAUUGUUACUUGCAUUCACAGUAUAUUUGUUGAGCGCCAGCAAGAGCAAGUUCCACCAACUUAUUAUAAUAAAGGUCCCGAUUCCACAGAUUCCCAGUGACGAGCGUGUGUACAUGUUAACGUUUAUAUAUGAAUUUAACAAGAUGGAAUUAUAUCAGUAGAGCCACAUAUUUAGUUAUCAAAUGAAAGGAAAUCACUGAAAAAAAAAAACAAUCCUUUAAGUCUUUGUACUGACAGCAGCGACAUGAAGCUGCUGCUUGGUCCCGGUCCCGGUCCCGUUGGGUUGUCUUCAGGGCUCCUGCGCAGGAGGAAGUCUGACGUGUUUGACCGUUUUCCAGGUCUGUGAAGUUUUGGAAACUGCACUCAAAUCAGUUUUAGGCUUCCACAUGUUCUGGUUGCUACCUUGCUAAAUUUAUUCUGGAUUCUCUGGGAUGGAUCCCUGCGUGGGAUCCCUGCGUGGGGGGCCCUGCGAUGCUCCUCUUCUCGUUAACCCCCGGCUGCACAGCAGGUUUGAUGCAAACGUUGUUAAUCUUUAUUUUCGUAUCGAUGUCUAUGCUAAUCUUUAAUCCACAAAGAACUCAGGAGCCAAAAUGUCCCUUUGUUCGUCCACCUCGGUUCAGAAAAGUAACCCGACCCGUGCCUCAGUCGAAGGUGAACUCGACUUUUCAGACUUGAACUCAGACCAGAGUAGCUGAGCCGCUCCACGAGCUCAGCAGUUUAUUUAAAGUCGAGCUGAAAUUAGAAUUAGUUUCCUUUUUGUAGUGUUUAUGAAGCAACACAUAGAUGGCAGAAGAAGAGAAAUGGAACACAUGAAAUUAGCGGUCAAUGGAAGAUUUAAACCCAAUGUCCCGUUUGCUCAGUCAGAAUAUGUCUGCAGUUAACUAACUGCAAGAUGUCAUAUUCCUGUAGAAACACCGGCACAAGACAUUUCAAGCUUCGGUCUUUAGCUGUUAGCACUUUAAGCUAGCUAGCUAGCGUUUGACCUUAGGGAGGACUGUUACAUUUGUAUUCCACUAAGUCAGGCCAGGCUAGUUAGCAUAGGAGGCUAACUAUAUCACUGACACCUAUUAUUAUUUUAAUGCCUGCUGAAUCAUUAGCUAGCACCUUGCUGUUGUUAGCUAGCACCUUGCUGUUGUUAGCUAGCACCUGGCUAUUGUUAGCAGUCUGUCAUGGCUAGUGGCCAUUAGAACAGAGUCACAGAUUCUUUCUUUUUCUGGUUUCUGUGAUCUGAACUAAUAAGGCUCAACAUUGAGGAUAAACAGCAGCAGAAAAGAGCGGAUAACAUGUUAACGUUAGCCCUGAACCUUUAGCAUCAUCUGGUAAUCUGAACUUCCUGGUUUUGGCUCGUAAAUAUCAACAUGUUCAUUGUGGCAGCUCUGAGUCGGUGAACAGUUUUAGAGGUUUCAGGUCAGAUCUCUUCACUGACUGUCUGUGGAAUUGUCCUAAAACUCCAGCUGUGAGCUCGCUCUGAGAGUUGAUGCACAUGUAGAAGAUCAACAGGUUUUUUUUAUGGAUCAUGUGUUCUCCUGUUGAUCUGUUGUUGCAUCGGGACAGAAGAUGUUUGAGAAUCAGAGCGAUGCGUCGUUCAUUUUAAACCCGACUGCAGACGGUAGAGUGAAGUGUUAACCUGCAGCACCAUACCAUCUGAUUUUAGCGUUUUUAUGUGGUUGGAUCAGCGUGAAGGUCAAAUAUCAAGCAGACAUUCACUGACCUCUUAGGGGGAAAAAAACUCAUUUUAAUUUCAGUUCGACUUUAAUUUGAAGGAGCAGAAGUCACGUUUCUUCAGUUUUUCUCAUAUUUGACAAACAGGAGUUUUGUCUUUAGUCAACCUGUUAAACAACGUUCAGGUAUGAAAAGUCCUCCAGGUUUCAACGAUCCAUGUUCUCCAUCAGUGGAGACCUCUGCUGGGUCCUGAUCCUUCUCUGGCCUUUAGCAAAGCAGGAAGAGAACCUUUUAAAUCCUCCAGUAUUGAGCAGCGUGAGGCUUCACACCAAACCACAUUCUAGUCGGACGGCGGCGGUGUGUCGAGGCUUCAGACCCGACGUCCAGCUUCUCCUCGUUUCCCCUCCAGGGGUCCGCUGACAUUUCUCCUCACGGUGGAACCGAGCUUUUCUCUACCUUUGGUUUGGUUUUCUCUUUUUGUUUUUUUUUGCGGAUCGUAAGCAGUCACGGCAUCGUUUAGAAAACUUCUUAGACAAAGUGUCUGUUGUCUCUUUCUGAGUAAGGUCUGAACCUAUGCAUGCCAUAGUAAAGUGGUGGUAAGAUCAAGUUAGAUGUCUCUUAUUUGAUUCUUUUUGUUUCUCCUUCUUUUAGCCAGUUCACGGUGUAUAAGGAAGAUGUCAACCAGUAAACUGUCCACUGCUGACUGUGUGUCCAUUUGGAGAAAAAAAAUGUGCAAUUUGUGUGAGGGUGAAAAGAUUUCUAUUAAAAAUGAGAAAUGCUGAGA